GUGCCAGGUAAUUGCAUGCACGGUAAGCUCGGAAGCAGAGAGGGUUAAUUGGGAAGAUUAAACACCGAAGUCAUUUAGUUUACUUUGGAAAUCGUUGAGGUCGCUCGAUUCGCCAAUUGAGUUUAGUUUUUCGAUUCAUGGCGUGGCCUUGAGCUCUGUGUGGUGUGUUGAAGCUCUGAUUUGGUUGUCAAUGGAGGCUGCUCUGAUCGUUAACAAGACUCCUGGCGAGUCAUAUUCAAAAGGACACAAAAGGAAAAAACUAUCUAACGAUGGAGAUGGUAGUGGUAGCUCUUCUAAGGUUGUUGAUUAUUCUGAUCCAUUUGCCAUAUCCAGCUUCAUUGAUAAGUUAGAUUCUGGUAGAUAUGGUAGUGUGACAAAAGACAUUCAAGCUCUCAUUUCUCGGAGGCUUCAACUGCUUAGCCCUCAUUUGAAGAAGCAUCCUUCACUUUCAAGUGUAUUACUGGAUGGGAAAGAGGUCCCGAGUGAAGAUAAUUCAAGGGCACAGGAAUGUGUCGUUGAUUUGGAGGAUGAUAGUGUUACAAAUGAUCCUCCAACAGCCCCAAGGCCUGUUGUAAUUCUGGAUUCAGAUGAUGAAGACGAUGGAGAUAGCAGGUCAAUUUAUCCCUUCCAGAAGGUUGUCUUGCCAAGUUCUGCUUAUCCCUUCCAGGAGGUUGUCUUGCCAAGUUCUGCUGGGCAACUUAUGGUGGACGCAGCUAUUCACACCCAUGCUGACAGAGAAAAUAAUGAGAAGGCAAUCUGUUUGGCUGGUGAAACCAAUGAGAGAAAUAAAGGUGUUUUUGUUGGUGUAGAGGAGUAUGAUUAUAAUAGUCAAUCCAAGACUGAAGAUGAUGGUCUUGGAGACAUUUGGAAGGAGAUGUCAGUGGCACUGGAAUGUACUAAGGAUGUUGCUGAAUAUCCUUCAUCUGAUGCACACACUCAAGAAGAUGAAGAAUAUUGCGAUCAUUCUUUUGUUUUGAAGGAUGAUCUUGGCUAUGUUUGUCGCAUUUGUGGGGUCAUUGAGAGAGGAAUUGAGACCAUAAUCGAGGUUCAGUUUAACAAAAAAAAAAGUACACGAACACAUGCAUCUGAGUCACAGCACGCCAAGGGCAGAGAUUCAAAUGAGAUAGUUGGAAUUGAAUUAUGCGAGCAAGAUUUGAUGGUGACUGACAUCUCUGCUCAUCCAAGGCACAUGAAGAAAAUGAAACCUCAUCAGGUGGAAGGUUUCAAUUUCCUCCGAAGUAACCUGGUGUCUGAUAAACCUGGGGGCUGCAUCUUGGCCCAUGCUCCUGGUUCUGGAAAGACAUUCAUGAUCAUUAGUUUCAUGCAGAGUUUCCUUGCUAAAUAUCCACAAGCUAGACCGCUAGUGGUGCUUCCAAAAGGAAUUUUAGCUACGUGGAAAAAGGAGUUUCAAACGUGGCAGGUUGAGGAUUUCCCACUGUAUGACUUUUAUAGUGUGAAAGCAGAUGGUCGUACACAGCAACUGGUGGUCUUGAAAAAGUGGGUGGAGCAGAGGAGUAUUCUUUUCUUAGGGUACAAACAAUUCUCAUCUAUCAUUUGUGACAACAUAAAUAAUAAGGUUGCAGCUGCCUGUCAGGAAAUAUUGCUCAAAAGACCUUCAAUACUCAUUUUGGAUGAAGGGCAUACUCCUAGGAAUGAGAACACCGAUGUUCUCCAGUCACUGGCUAAGGUGCAGACACCUCGGAAGGUGGUGCUCUCUGGCACCCUUUACCAGAACCAUGUCAAGGAGGUAUUCAAUAUAUUGAAUCUUGUUCGUCCAAAGUUUCUGAAAUUGGACACCUCCCGGGCCAUUGCCAAGCGAAUUAUGAGUAAGGUACAUAUACAAGGAGUGAAGAAGCAUCUCAAACCUGGAGAGGCAGUUUUUUAUGACUUGGUUGAGCAUACGAUACAGAAUGAUGAAGAUUUUAGAAGGAAAGUGGCUGUCAUACAAGAUCUCCGGGAGAUGACGAGCAAGGUACUUCAUUAUUAUAAAGGAGAUUUCUUGGAUGAGCUCCCUGGACUUGUUGAUUUCACUUUAGUGCUCAACCUUAGUCCAAGACAGAAGAAAGAAGUUGAAAAAUUGAAGAAAAAAUGGGCCAUGAAAUUUAAAAGAAGUUCUGUUGGGAGUGCCAUUUAUCUGCACCCAAACUUGUACAAUGUCUCUGAAAAUUCCAACUUGAAUGAUGGGAAAAUGGAUGAAUUUUUGGAGGAAAUGAAUGUGAGAGAUGGAGUGAAAGCCAAAUUCUUCAUUACUAUGUUGAACUUAUGUGAGGCAGCAAAAGAGAAGCUGCUAGUUUUCAGCCAGUACUUAACACCAUUGAAAUUUUUGGAGAGACUAGCAGCAAAAGUGAAGGGUUGGGUAUUAGGAAAAGAAAUGUUCGUGAUCUCAGGUGAUUCGAGUUCCGAUCAGCGAGAGUGGUCAACGGAGCAAUUUAACCAUUCCAUUGAUGCAAAAGUUUUCUUUGGUUCAAUUAAGGCAUGUGGAGAGGGAAUUUCUCUUGUUGGGGCUUCUCGCAUUAUAAUCUUGGAUGUUCAUCUGAAUCCAUCAGUUACUCGGCAAGCAAUAGGGCGUGCAUUCCGUCCAGGCCAAAAGAAUAAAGUGUAUGCUUAUAGAUUGAUUGCUGCAGAUUCACCUGAGGAGGAAGAUCAUAGAACUUGUUUCAGGAAAGAAACUAUUUCAAAAAUGUGGUUUGAAUGGAAUGAGUACUGUGGUUAUCAAGAUUUUGAGGUGGAGGCAGUUGACCUGAAAGAGUGUGGUGAUCCCUUCUUGGAAAGCCCGCUGUUAGGUGAAGAUAUAAGAAAAUUGUACAAAAGGUAAAAACCCAUGUGAUGUAGAUGAGUUGCUGGCUGGGGACUUGAAAGAGGAAUGUUAAUUUUGUGAAAGCAGAAAAGCAUGGAAAUUUUGUGUUUUGUUUUCAUUUUGUAAACAUGAUAUUCAGCAGUGUCUAUGAUAAUCUUCUUUUUUUAUUUUUAAUAUUCUGUGAAGUUCAUGAUUGUAUUUUUCUUCUUGGGAGCAAAUUUGCAAGGGGUACAGGGAUCUAAGAAUCUUUAGACCUAUCUUCGCCAGAACUUGUAUUGUUGCCAUUAUGUAAGCAGUUUUUAGCCGUCUUUAAAAAAUUUUAGCC